UAUCUAUAGUGGGCCAUGGUGGUAUGGGGAAAACAACUCUCUUGCAACAUGUCUAUGAAGAUGAAACGACUAAGGAGUUUUUUGAUCUUAAAAUGUGGGUUUGCGUUUCCAACAGCUUUGAUGCGAAAAAAGUCAUUGCAGAUAUGUUAUCAACUCUUAAGGAGAGGCCUCGUUUGGACGAAUCACUUGAUGCACUUCAAAAUAGUCUUAGGACUGAGAUUAUGUCCAAGAAGUUCUUACUUAUUCUGGAUGACAUUUGGGAGGAUGAGGAGAAGCAGGAUAUCAGCAAAUGGGAGAAGGUGCUCGCCCCUAUGGCUUAUGGGAAAAUUGGUAGUGGGAUUUUGGUAACAACUCGAAUGGACUCAGUUGCAACUAUGAUUGCAAAGGUCAUUAAAAAGAAGACGGAAAUAUUUAGGCUGAAGGGCUUGAGAGAAGAUCAGUGUUUGCAGCUCCUCAAUUCUCAUGCAUUUGCUGAUGUAGAUAAUCCUAAUGAUUAUAAAAGAUUAAGAUCCAUUGCUAGAGAGAUAGUUAAAAAGUUUUCAGGAUCUCCAUUGGCUGCAAAGGUCAUCGGUGGUGUUUUGAAUUCUAGCUUGGAUGAAAGACAUUGGACAAAAGUUUUAAAUAGUGAUUUUGUAAGUCCAAAUUUGGGUCACAAUGACAUCUUUCUCAUUUUAAGAUUGAGCUAUAUGUUCCUCCCAAAACAUCUACGAAAUUGUUUCGCAUUUUGUUCUAUAUUUCGACAAGAUUACAUGUUUGAUAAAGAUGAUUUAGUCCGAAUGUGGAUUGCGUUGGGUUUCAUUCAGCAACCUCAUGAUCAAGAAUGGACUAUGGAGGAUAUUGGAGGAAUGUAUUUUGAUGUUUUGGUUAAAAAAUCUUUCUUUGAUAAGUUUGGAGAUUAUGGACAAUACUACUACAAGAUGCAUGAUUUAAUACAUGAAUUGGCACAAUCAGUUUCCAUGCAUGAAUGUUUAAGAGUCGAGGAUGGUACAAAUUUGUCUUCUAUAAUUCCUAAGACUCUUCGACACAUGUCUGUUCAAACUACAAAUCCAGAAAUCAUAAUAAAGAUUGGGAAGUUUAAAUAUUUACAUUCUGUUUUCUUGUUCUAUGAAGCUUCUAAUCAGGAUCUUUGCAAUGCACUUAUUGAAGUAUUCAAAGCAUCGAGAAGCCUACGCUUAUUAUAUAUACGGGAUUCAAAAGACUCGAAAAAAAUACCUGAGGAGAUUGGAAAUUUGAUACAUCUUCGAUAUUUGAAUAUUUACAAUAAGAAGUUUCAAAUGCUGCCAAGAUCUCUAAGUAAUCUCUAUCACUUGCAAUACAUAAUCUAUCAUAUUCCUUGUUUCCCAAGCCAAUAUAAUGUUGAUGAUUUUUUACCAAGUGGCAUUAAUAGCCUUUCUAACUUACGUUAUGUGAAAUUUCCCGGAGUUUGUAGUACAUCGAUAUGUGGGAUUGGGAAGCUAAAGUCUCUUCAAGAACUUAAUAUGUUUGAUCUUAAAAAUGCGAGUGGUUAUAGAAUUGGAGAGCUGGAGAAUAUGAAUGAUGUCCCCUUCGUCAAGUCUCUGUGCCUUCAUAACAUGCCGAAAGUAAAAUGGCUGGAAAGUAAAUUUAAUGGGAAUGAAAAAUACCAUGCCUUUCCAUUGCUAGAGGUUUUACGUAUUUCGAAUUUAGAAGCAUUAGAGGAUUGGUUUGAGGCAGGAGUAGCUGCUGAAGAUGGAUGUUUCUUUCGUUGCUUAAUUAAACUAUAUCUAUAUAAUUGCCCGCAGUUGCAAGAGUUGCCCUCUUUGCCUUCUAAGCUCAAGAGGUUGGCGAUAAAUAAAAUUGGGUGGACGACUUUGAAUUUUUGUAGCAAUUCAAAUCCUAUUCCCCUUCAAUCAUUAUGGGUCAAUAAGUGUCCAAACAUUACAUCUCUUCCAUUGGCUGAUGAAAUAGCAAGACUUGCAGCACUAAGAGAAUUGACGAUUACAAAGUGCCCAAAUCUGAUCUCUCUGGGAAGAUAUCGAGAAGUGGAGACCACUAAUAAUUGCCAUCUCAUGCUCAGCGAUCUUACCAUAAGUGAUCCAUCGGUGUUGCUAAUGGAGCCAUUGAGAAGUAUCGCCUCCUUAAAAAUGCUGAUUAUUUCCGAUAAUGAUGAGGUGGUUUCAUUUCCAAAUGAGUUGGAGCAGUGGUUUCUGAAAGUUAGGUCUUCUCUUUCUAGGCUGGAAUUUUCAUCUCUCAAAUCCUUACAGUCUCUCCCUUCCUCCUUGGAAAGCUUAUCUUCACUUCAGGAUCUAGCAUUUUCAUGUCUCAAAUCCUUACAGUCUCUCCCUUCUUCCUUGGAAAGCUUAUCUUCGCUUCAGGAACUAUCUAUUUGUGAUGUUCCUAUGCUUCGGGAUUUACCGAACCUUCCUCCCUCUUUGGAAAGCCUAUGUAUU